AUGACCGCAGGCUUUAAGGGUCGUGUGACGGGUUGGGGGAACCUGCAGGAAACCUGGAACCCCGCAUCCAGGAACCUGCCGUCGGUUCUGCAGCAGAUCCACCUGCCCAUCGCCGACCAGGACACCUGCCGCAGCUCCACGGCCGUGCGGAUCACAGGGAACAUGUUCUGUGCAGGUUAUAGACCAGAUGACCCCCAGGGACGCAGAGGGGACGCCUGUGAGGGGGACAGUGGAGGACCCUUUGUGAUGAAGCACCCGGGUCAGAACCGCUGGUACCAGAUGGGCAUCGUGUCGUGGGGCGAAGGCUGCGACCGUGACGGUAAAUACGGCUUCUACACCCACCUGUUCAGGAUGAACCGCUGGAUCAGGAAGGUCAUCGACAAGGUGGCAACGGACGACGAGUAG